GAGAAGACCAGAAGACGAGCGUGCCGCUGCUCUGAGUCACCCUCUUCUUCAGUACUUUGUCGUCUCUGUACGCCGGCGCCGUGGGGGAAGUACGCGGCGGAGAUAAGCGAUUGUACUAGGCGCGGCGUGAGGGUGUUGCUGGGGACAUUCGACACCCCGGAGGCGGCGGCGUUGGCGUACGACCAGGCGGCGCUGUCCCUCCAAGGCUCCAAAGAGGCCCUCAACUUCCCCGUCGAUGACGUCAACAGGUCCCUCCGGGAGAUAGGUUGCAGCGUAUUCGAGGAGCACUCGUCCCCUGCCGAGGCGCUCAGCCGGCAGAGCAAGGUGGCGACACUUGAAAAGGGUCGUCAUAAUCAUAAGGAGGAGGAAGAAGAAGAAGUGGUGGAGUUCGAAGAUCUUGGAGCUGCUUUCUUGGAACAAUUGUUGUGCGAGAGCUCUUGCAGUGGGGCAACUGGUUAA